AUGUUAAACGACCUCCGCGCAGAAUUCACUCGCUGGCAGAACGAGCAUGCCUCAAGGCCUCCUCCCGAUCAUACCGCUUCAUUAUUGCGGACACCCUUCAUGGUGGAGACCAUGGCUCAACCUUACCCGCUUGAUUUGCGAAUCCCUGGAAACAAAGAAUAUGACAGCCGGACAGACCCGGAGGUCCACAUCAACACUUACUAUGACAAUAUGCUGAUGAUGGCCGUAACUGACUUUGUGAUGUGCCGGGCUUUUUACUCGACGCUUUCCGGUCGGGCAGGUGAGUGGUUCAGAACAUUGCAACCGGGGUCUAUUUCUGAUUUCGCUAGUUUGGCGACGAAGUUCACUCGGAAGUUUGUCACUUCCAAAGUUGUCCGGAAGCCUUACAUGUACCUCGAGAAGGCUAAGCAGUUGGAAGGAGAAAGCUUGACUGAUUUCUUAGUCAAGUGGAAGGCGACGGUCGGAGAGGUCGAGCCCAUGGACGACCUAACAGCCAUUCACAUGCUACAUAUUUCUCUCCGAGCGGGUUAUUUGUAUCAGUAUUUUAUACUCCACCCGCCUACCACCUAUGAGGAAGCGCUCCGAAGAGUGACGGAUUAUGCCAAUGCUGGAGAAGCAAAUGCCGUCAAACGCUCCCAAGAGGUCGGAUCUUCCCGGAAAGCUUCCGGUCGGUCGGAUAACAGGUCGGGCGAAGACCAUCCCCGACCCCGAGCACGACCGGGAAAUUUCACGGCGUUAAACCGAUCGGCUGCAGAAGCCAUGCAAUAUGCUCAGUCCUGCAACCUCAUUCGUCUACCUCAUCCGAGACCGGAUGGGAAGGAUAAGUCGAAACAUUGUGCUUAUCAUCGGUGUGCUGGGCAUGACACGGAGGAGUGUACACAUUUGAAACAAUUGUUGGAAGACUUGCUCCAGUUGGGGAAGUUGGAUAAGUGUGUGGGGAAGCGAGAAGAGAACAAGAGACCAUCCGAGAGGAAAGAUCACAGACGCUCCAAUCGCCCCGAUCGAUCAAACCAGGACCGGAGAGAUCAAGACCGGCGAGAUCCCGACCCCCCGUCUGGCAAUCGGCAAACAUCAAAGCCGACCAUUCAUGUUAUAUUCGGGGGCUUGGAAGAUGCUUCCCAAGCUCGAAACCCUUGCCCGGUCGCGAUCGUCGACUCCCGGGAAACCGGUAAGAGGCAGAAAAUGGAGCCGAUCACCUUCUCUCUCGAAGAUCAACCCGAGAGCAGAGACACUUGGAUGGAAGCGCUUGUUGUUACGAUCGACAUCAUGAGAGUCGACGUACAAAGGGUGAUGGUAGACACCGAGAGUAGUGUUAAUGUCCUUUAUUUGGACGUUUUCAAGAAGCUAAAACUUGACCGCCGGGAGCUGAUUCCGGUCGGUGUACCCUUGUCGGGAUUUACCGGGGCUACCAUCCGCCUCGAAGGAAAAAUCGUCCUCCCGGUCGAGCUAGGAACUCCGCCUAAGUCAGUCAAGACGGAGAUGGAAUUUGUGGUCGUGAAUCUUCACUGCGUUCACAACGUGAUCUUAGGCCGCCCGGCCAUCAAGAAGGUCGGGGGAAUUAUAUCUAUGCCUCACAUGUGCAUGAAGUUUCCUACCCCGACUGGGGGUUGGAGUUCUACGCGGUAA